AUUUUUUUUUUUUAAUUAAACUAGUUUUUUGGCAACAUUGUAUAGAUUGGCAGACGAAUUUUUUAGAAAUUCUGAUGUAAAGUUAGUAGCGAACGAAUAGCCGGAAAUCUCGUGGUAGAUUGAAGUACACCUUUCGUUGGAUUUUUUCUUUUCUAUAGUUAGAAAUGGUGGAACCAGUUCCUGAAUCCAUCGACUUUUCCCAAGAAGAAGCCAAAAUUUUGGAAUAUUGGAAGAAAAUUGAUGCAUUUAAAACAAGUUUGAAAUUGUCAAAAGGAAAACCAAGAUAUACCUUUUACGAUGGUCCUCCAUUUGCUACUGGUCUUCCUCAUUAUGGACACAUUUUGGCCGGAACAAUUAAAGAUAUUGUAACACGGUACGCCCACCAGAAUGGCUUUCAUGUUGAGAGGCGCUUUGGGUGGGACACACAUGGCCUUCCUGUUGAAUAUGAAAUUGACAAAUCUCUUGGGAUCAAAGGCCCAGAAGAUGUUAUGAAGAUGGGAAUAGCAAACUACAAUGCAGAGUGCAGAAAAAUUGUCAUGCGCUACGCAGAAGAUUGGGAAACGAUUGUAAACAGAAUGGGACGAUGGAUUGAUUUCGAAAACGAUUACAAAACUCUAUACCCAUGGUUCAUGGAAUCAAUCUGGUGGGUUUUCAAGCAACUAUUUGAAAAAGGACUGGUCUACCGUGGUUUCAAGGUGAUGCCUUUUUCAACUGCUUGUAGUACUCCACUAUCCAAUUUUGAAUCAGGUCAAAAUUACAAGGAAGUAGUAGAUCCAGCAGUGAUUGUUAGUUUCCCGCUGGAUGACGAGCCCGGAGUGUCAAUUCUUGCAUGGACUACCACUCCAUGGACACUGCCCAGUAAUUUAGCACUCUGUGUUAAUGCCGCAAUGGACUACGUUAGAGUCAAAGAAAAGGCAACAGAAAAAGUUUAUAUCAUGAUGGAAGCUCGUCUCAGUGCAUUGUUCAAAUCCGAGGAGGAAUACGAAAUUCUUGAUCGUUUCAAAGGAGAAACUCUUAAAGGGAAAACUUACCUGCCGCUAUUCCCUUACUAUGCCAACUUGAAGACUUCCGGCUCGGGUGCAUUUAGAGUGUUAACAGACUCGUACGUAACUGAGGAAUCGGGUACUGGCAUCGUUCAUCAAGCUCCCUAUUUUGGUGAGGACGAUUAUCGCGUCUGUUUGGCAGCCGGUAUCAUUUCACGAGACCAGGACAUGAUUUGCCCUGUGGAUGACGGAGGACGCUUCAUUUUACCUGUGUCCGAUUUCGCUGGUCAACACGUAAAAGACGCCGAUAAAAACAUUAUUAAAAUGUUGAAAGAUUGCGGUCGGCUAGUGAACGCUGGCACUAUCAAACAUAGUUAUCCAUUCUGCUGGCGAUCCGAGACCCCACUCAUUUAUCGCGCCGUUCCUUCUUGGUUUAUCCGCGUGGAGCAAAUGUCCCAACAGCUAUUGGACAAUAACCAGAAAACCUAUUGGGUGCCAGAUUUUGUUAAAGAAAAACGUUUCGGUAAUUGGUUGCGGGACGCAAGGGAUUGGGCCGUCAGUCGCAACCGUUACUGGGGUACACCUAUUCCCAUAUGGACGUCAGAAGAUGGUGAAGAAGUGGUGUGUGUUGGAUCCAUUGCCGAACUGAAAGAGCUCACUGGUAUUGAACUGACUGAUCUCCAUCGUGAAAACGUUGAUGGACUCACCAUUCCGUCCAAGAUUGCUGGCCGACCGCCAUUGCGGCGUGUUUCCGAGGUUUUUGACUGUUGGUUCGAAUCGGGAUCUAUGCCUUACGCUCAGGUCCACUACCCGUUUGAAAACAGGAAGGAAUUUGAAGAUUGUUUCCCAGCUGAUUUCAUUGCGGAAGGCAUCGAUCAAACCCGCGGAUGGUUUUACACUUUGCUGGUUUUGUCAACGGCCCUGUUUAACAAGCCACCAUUCAAAAAUCUGAUUGUAAACGGUUUGGUGUUAGCCUCUGACGGCCAGAAAAUGUCAAAGAAGAAGAAAAACUAUCCUGAUCCAAUGCUGGUUGUGAAUAAAUUUGGAGCUGAUGCUCUUCGUCUUUACCUGAUCAACUCACCUGUGGUUCGUGCUGAAAACCUACGAUUUAAAGAGGAAGGAGUUCGAGAUAUUAUCAAGGAUGUUUUUCUUCCUUGGUACAACGCCUAUCGUUUCUUCGUCCAAAAUCUAGAACGACUCGAACGCGAAGAUGGAAUCAAGUUCGUUUAUGAAGAAGAGUCAUCAAAUUUAUCAACAAAUAUAAUGGAUCGUUGGAUCAUUUCCUAUACUCAGUCCUUGCUGUUGUUCGUUCAUCAAGAAAUGGCUGCUUAUCGAUUGUACACUGUCGUUCCCCGUCUUGUCCGGUUCGUCGAUUAUUUGACCAACUGGUACGUGCGGAUGAACCGUAAACGUCUAAAGGGAGAUGGCGGUAAAGAUGAUUGCCACCACGCUUUGCAAACACUUUUUAGUGUCCUGUUCUCCAUGAUUCGUGUUAUGGCCCCUUUUACGCCGUUCCUCACCGAAUUGAUGUACCGCAAUUUACGUCAUUUGGUAGCUAACCAGAAAGCCGGAACGACGGAAUCUGUUCACUUCUUGUCUACCCCUGAAUCAAAGAAACACUUAAUUGACACUAAAAUCGAAAAUGCCGUGAGUCGGAUGCAGGUAGUGAUUGAAUUGGGACGCGUCCUUCGCGAUCGUCGAACACUUCCCAUUAAAUAUCCUUUACCCGAAGUGAUUGUUAUCCUUCGUGAGCAAGAAUCUUUGGAUGAAUUGAGGACGAUGGAAAAAUAUAUUCUAGAAGAAUUGAAUGUCCGUGCACUCAAGUUGACGACUGAUAAAGACAGUUUUGGAGUCAGUCUACGUGCUGAGCCGGAUCAUCGCAUUGGAGCACGUCUUAAAGGCCAGUUUAAGGCUGUCAUGGCUGCCAUCAAAACUUUAACUGAUGAGCAACUGCAAAAAUUCCUAGCCGAUGGACAACUUGAUGUACUGGGUAACGUCAUGGGUCCAGAGGACUUGCGCCUUUUCUACCAGUUCACUGGAGAUCGAGCCGUAGAAUUGGCCCAGCAGUACGAGACUCAAGCAGAAAAAGACGUGCUGGUCUUGUUGAAUGUGGUCCAGGACCAGAGCAUGAAGGACGAAGGUUUGGCACGAGAAGCCAUUAAUUUAGUCCAAAAACUACGCAAAGAGGCUCACGUAACGCCUUCUGAUGCCGUCACAGUCUACUAUGAGAUUGUUCCUCCCACCGGUUAUGUACCCGAUGUUGUCAAUACUUUUUCGGCUUACAUUGAAGCCGCAAUCAAAGUUCCAUGGAGAGCUGUCGCAACCAACAAAUCCAGUGCAAAAGUCCUAAUCAAUAAAUCGCAAAAGUUACAAGGUGCCGAUUUAGUGCUAACUAUUCAAGAAGGAUUCACCGCUGACUGGGCAAAAACCGGUGCGCCACCGGCCAAAAAGGCUCAUCUUUCCAAUCCGGCGCCCAUCGGCAGAGGCAAACCAUCCGUGCCUUUUGUCAACCUAUGCCUAGAUGGCCUGAAACCUGGUUACAAUAUCGUUGGAAAUUACGGAACGGUCCUGUUGUGCAAUCCUGCUGGAGCAUCCAUGAUCUCUUUUGAGAGACUGAUGAAUGAGGUUGCUAGAGUUUUUGGUCUUCAUGGUCGAUCUUAUAUGUUAACAAAUUCCGGAGUUACUCUUGACUCCACCGCUGAUGUUUCCAAACUUGACGGCACCACCUUGACUGUUGUUCCAGUUGUAGCUGCUGACGCAACUGCUCAGACACCAUCCAUUGAUGGAUCUACGUGCAGAUUUGUUCAUGUCAAGAUAGAUGGCAAAAUGGGAACAGUCCUCUUGGAAAAUCCUUCCGGAUAUAAACUUUUCGACUCCUCAAAUGACAUGGAGCGAAAAAUCAGAGUUAUGUUCGGAACUUCAAAGAAGCUGUCGGCGGAUGAAAAGAAAAUGCUGCCAGUGACAUUUUCCGAUGGAUUAGACGGAUUACAUGCAAAAACCUUGUAUUUAAUUUGAUUCUACCAAACAAUAUUGGUGAUUUAGCAAUAGCUUGACUUUUGUCACAGUUGUUGUGUAUUGGGAUAAACUGAGACAACAUUAAAAUACAGUAAAUGGUCUCCCGGA